UCAAUAUCAGUCACUGAUCCUUUAGUGAUUUAUCAAAACUAUGUAUCAAGAGGAGUCUUGAAACCAGAUGCUGCACAAUUAAGAGCUGCUGUGGAAUUCCAAAAACUAUACUAUAGAGUGAAAGAUUAUGUUCCUCCAGAAGAUGUUCAAAUCAGAAUACGUCAGUUAGUACGAGAAAUUGAAGCAAGACAUGCAAAUAACAAUACGAACUAUACACCAAGCUGGUAUAAGCCAAGUGUUACAAAGUCAAGGGAUUUGAUCAAAGUACUUACAGAUGAAGAAGAAUUGACAAAUUUCCCAUCUCCUCAUGGGUUUUUAUUAAAUGGGGAAGUUGGUUGUGGUAAAUCAAUGUUGAUGGAUAUUUUUGCAAAUUCUUUACCUCAUGAAUCUAAAUGUCGUUGGCAUUAUUCGAACUUCAUGCUUUGGGUAUAUAAUGGAAUUCAUUUAAUUUAUCAAAGAAGAGCUCAAAAUUCAAAUCAUACAAGACAUUCAAUGAUUUCUUUGGAGAACGAAUUCAUAUUGUUCGAAAUUGCCCAGAAAAUGAUUAGAAAAAACACUGUGCUGUUGUUAGAUGAAUUCAUGCUACCUGAUUUAGCUGCUGCCAAAAUUGUCAAGUUGUUAUUCACUUAUUUUUUCAGACUUGGUGGUGUUUUGGUUGCUACAUCAAAUAGAUUACCUGAAGACCUUUAUGCAACAGAUUUUAGAAAGAAAGAAUUUAGAUCAUUUCUAAGAGUCCUUGAAGCAAGAUGUUAUUCCUUGGAUAUGAAUUCUGAAAAUGAUUAUCGGGCAAUAUUAAUGGAGGAAUCAAAUGAGAAGAAUUGUAAAUCAUAUUUGAUUUCAAAGGAUUCAUUAACCCAUGAACAAGAUUGGUUGGAUUUAUUGAGCACUGAAAUUGAUUCAUUUGAUCUAUCAAAAGGUGACGAACAAAAAAUAACAGUUUAUGGUAGGGAAUUAACAAUACCAUGGCACAAUAAUGGCGUUGUCAAAUUUGAUUUCAAUGAUAUUUGUAAAGGUCUUUAUGGACCAGGUGAUUACAUCUCAUUAGCUUCAAACUAUCACACUUUCAUCAUUGAUAAUGUUCCAGUGUUGAAAGUGAGCAUGAAGAAUGAAGCAAGAAGGUUCAUCACAUUAUUAGAUGCCCUCUAUGAAUCCAAAUGUAAAUUGUUCCUAAGAACCCAAGUUUCUCCAGAUUCAUUAUUUUUCCCAGAUACUUCAUCAAAAGAAGAACAAGAAGAAGCAAAUAGAAUAAAAGUUCAAGAUGAGGAAAUGUUUUCCAAGACCCAAAUUGCACUAACUGCACCUUAUCGACCAAAUGUUUCUUAUUAUGACGAUGAAAAAAUCGUUUAUAAUGAAACUGAAACAGCGAAAGUUGUUAAAAACUUUGACCUAAGUUCUACAAAUUUCACAGAUCGGAAGGCUUUCACUGGUGAAGAUGAAAAAUUUGCAUACAAGAGAGCUGUUAGUCGUAUGAAAGAAAUGACAGGCUCAUUACACUGGAGAUUAGAAGGUAAAUGGACACCAGUUGAUAAAUCAAUGAGACCUUGGGAACGCUUGAAAUCUGAACAGUUGAAUGAUGCUAAUAUAGAAUUUGAAGCUAUGGAUAAUGAACAUAAUGUUGUUACUGGUAGAGUUGUUCAUAAUGCUAGUGGAGUUUUAGCACCUGUUUUCAAUGUUGUUCAUUUUUGGUCAAUGGGGUUAUGGGGUAAAGGUAAUAGACUGAAAGAUGAUAUUGCAAGAAAAUGGAUUAAAGGUAAUCAG